CAAACCUUCUGUAUGUAAGUGGCAAUGAGAAAGAGCAUCUUUUUGGCUGAAAGGAAACAUUUAGAAAGGAUGCUCCUGAUUUUUUGUUUUCAUUUAUUUUUGUCUUCACAGAAUAUAAUCAAAUGAGGUACCUUAUCCAGCCUAGUGAUUGCUUCGGGUCUUGUAAUCAUCUGUGUAGCAAAGUGGGUAAAAAUCAUUCAAUUUCUUUCCUGCUGGACCUGGAAGGAGAGGGGCUGUGUGUUCAUCCCCACCCAUUAGCUAUGCCCUCUUUUCUCCGAAUGUCGAUUUAAGGAAGCAAGCACCUGUCUUCUGCCACUGCAUCUUCCUAGAAAACUUUAAAGGCCAUUUUAUCUGAUAGGAAGGACAUCAAGAAUGCUCUGAUCUAGUGAUGAAGAAUCUGGGAGUCGACACUUUUCCCAUCCAGACACAAUGCACUUUAAUUGAAGAAAAACUGAACUGAACUACAAGUCUAUUUCUUAUGGUGCUGGAUUGCUCCUACAGAACUGCCCUGAGAUCAUCUGUGAGAGAGGGCUCUGACAGACACAAGUCACCUUCUGAUUAUUGCACUUAGCUCUCCCUGGGGACUUAAAUUUUGGAAGUGUCCCUUUUUACAUGAUCUCCUCCAAGAUGAUGAGUUCUAAUCCUGAGGAAGACCCUCUGGACACAUUUCUCCAGUACAUUGAGGAUAUGGGGAUGAAGGCGUAUGAUGGCUUGGUUAUUCAGAAUGCAUCUGACAUUGCUAGAGAGAAUGAUCGCUUAAGAAAUGAAACAAACCUGGCAUAUCUGAAGGAGAAGAAUGAAAAACGCCGAAGACAAGAAGAAGCAAUAAAGCGCAUAGGUGGAGAAGUAGGGCGAGGCCACGAAGGAAGUUACGUGGGCAAACAUUUCCGUAUGGGAUUCAUGACAAUGCCUGCUCCUCAGGACAGACUUCCCCAUCCUUGCUCCAGUGGCUUUUCUGUGAGAUCACAGUCUCUGCACUCAGUUGGAGGCACAGAUGAUGACAGCAGCUGUGGCUCCCGGAGACAACCACCACCCAAGCCCAAGCGGGACCCUAGCACCAAGCUGAGCACCUCAUCAGAGACGGUCAACAGCACAGCAGCCAGUAAGAGUGGGAAACCCCCCGAAAGGACUGAAGUGUCUGCCAAACCAAGACCCCACAGUGAUGAAUAUUCCAAGAAGAUUCCUCCUCCCAAACCAAAACGGAAUCCAAAUACUCAGCUUAGCACAUCUUUUGAUGAAACGUACAUCAAAAAGCACGGGCCCCGAAGGACAUCGCUCACGCGGGAUUCCUCUCUGUCCCACGUCAGCAGCCCCGCGGGAGACCCUGAGGAAGAGGAACCCGUGUACAUCGAGAUGGUGGGGAACAUUCUCAGAGACUUCAGGAAAGAGGAUGACGACCAGAGUGAGGCCGUCUACGAGGAGAUGAAAUACCCCAUCUUUGACGACUUAGGCCAAGAUGCCAAAUGUGACUUUGACCAUCACAGUUGUUCUUCGCAGUGUGCUACUCCCACGGUGCCUGACUUGGACUUCGCCAAGUCCUCAGUGCCAUGUACUCCUAAGGGUUUGCUUUGUGACAUCCCCCCGCCCUUUCCCAACUUGCUUUCUCACAGACCCCCGCUGCUGGUGUUCCCUCCAGCCCCCGUGCAUUGCUCCCCCAACUCUGACGAGUCUCCGCUCACCCCGCUGGAGGUCACAAAGCUUCCUGUGUUGGAAAACGUGUCUUACAUGAAACAGCCAGCUGGAGCGUCGCCGUCCUCGCUGCCAUCUCACUCCUCCGGCCACGUCAAACUGGAGAAAGACCAGGCCGGAGCCCUCGGACCUGCUUCUGCCACUGCAGUGCUCUCCUCGUCUCCUCCGCCCCCUUCCACUUUGUACCGAACCCAGUCUCCCCAUGGCUACCCUAAAAGUCAUUCCACCUCGCCCUCCCCUGUCAGCAUGGGGAGGUCCCUGACGCCCCUGAGCCUCAAAAGGCCUCCCCCUUACGACGCUGUGCAUUCAGGCAGCCUCUCAAGGAGCUCUCCAUCAGUGCCUCACUCGACCCCCAGGCCGGUGUCGCAAGAUGGCGCCAAGAUGGUCAACGCUUCGGUGAGCACCUACGGCGGGGCUCAGAGCGGCUCUCGAUCCAGGACUCCCACGAGUCCUUUGGAAGAACUGACCAGCCUCUUUACCUCGGGGCGGAGCCUGCUGCGGAAGUCGUCCAGCGGCCGGCGCUCCAAAGAACCCGCAGAGAAGUCAACAGAAGAACUGAAAGUCCGAAGUCACAGCACAGAGCCAUUACCAAAGUUAGACAACAAGGAGAGAGGCCACCAUGGGGCGUCUUCCUCCAGAGAGCCUGUCAAAGCUCAGGAAUGGGAUGGAACACCAGGACCACCUGUGGUCACCAGUAGAAUGGGAAGAUGCUCUGUGAGUCCUACCUUGUUGGCAGGAAACCACGGUUCAGAACCUAAAGUCAGCUGCAAAUUAGGCCGGUCUGCAUCGACAUCAGGUGUGCCUCCUCCAUCAGUUACUCCUCUCAGGCAAACCAGUGACCCGCAACAGAGCCAGGUACCAUCAUCGUUAGCCAAUCGUGAUUGA